CAAAGUUUUUUUUUCUGUUAGAAAAAACUGUUUCGACAAGAGCUUUCCUUUUUUUCAUAUAUAUCAAGCACAACCAGUAUGGCAAAGGAACAAAAGAAAGAAAAGAAGGUCAAGGCCGCCAAGAACGAAGGCUCCGACAACGAAGAAGAAACUCUUCGCUUCCAAUCUCCUAUUGCUCACCCUUUAGCUGAAAAGAAGUUGGUCAAAAAGAUUUACAAGACUAUCAAGAAGGCUAGCAAAGUCAAGCACGUUCGCCGUGGUGUCAAGGAAGUCGGUAAAGCCCUCCGUAAGGGCGAAAAGGGUCUUGUUGUUAUUGCUGGUGAUAUUUCUCCCUUAGAUGUUAUCUCUCACAUGCCUGUUCUUUGUGAAGACUCUAACGUUCCUUAUAUCUUUGUUCCUUCCAAGGAACAAUUGGGUGAAGCUAGCUCUACCAAGCGUCCCACCUCUGUUACAAUGGUUGUCUUCGGUGGUAAGAAUAAGGAUACGAAGGCAGCUGCUGACUACAAGGAAUUAUAUGAUGAAUGUUAUGCUCAAGCUAAGGAUUUGGAUGAAAAGCUUGUUUACUAAAUUUCUCGUCAUUACUUUUUUUGUUUGAUUUGUUUAUUUUCAUCUCUCUCUUUUUUCUUUACAUACGCUCUUCACAUUUACAUUCAACACACCACCUAUACAGCAGCAAUUUGUUAAGGUAGAAAACGUUCUUCCUUUUUCAUAGUAUUGUAGAUUUCAAUUUACAUAAAUUAAUAAUAAAAAAAAGACUACAAUAAAAAAAAAGCAGCCAGCAUAAAAAACGGA